AUGUCAAAGAAAGGAAAGAAGCAAGACGUGAAUGACGAUAGUUUUGAAUCGUAUGUGAAGGACUGCCUGGAAACGAUUCGACAGGAUGUCGAAACCAUAAAGAACAAUCAAGCAAAAUUCAAAGAAGACUUGAAAACUUUCGAACAAAAACUCGAAAGAACUACAGAGUCGCUUAACCUAAAGUUCGAUACUCUAAACGGCGAAGUCCACGUGGCCAUGACCACAGUUGACGAAUUGGAGGAUGAGGUCAGCAAGCUCGCUACUAAUGUCAACCAAGCGUACGAAAGGCUUUUAUCAUUGGAACGUUACUCAAGAGAUUUCAACCUACGAUUUUACAACAUUCCCGAGGACUCAAAUGAGAACUGUAUUGAAAAAUUGAAGACCAUACUAUCUAAUGAUUUGGGCAUCAAACCCGUGAUAGAGAAAGCGCAUAGGAUUGGGGGACCCAGGACUGGCGCUUCAAAUGACCCGAGACCUGUCAUUGCCAAGUUUCUUUAUCGACCGGAACGUCUUCAGGUAAUCCAGAAUUCUUGGUUUGCAACCACGUGACAAGGCGGCCUGUUGGGGGUCAAAACAAAAGAAUAUUUCCUCGAAGAAUUUACAUGAAAAUAGAAAUGCUUUUGUUCUUGACCACCAACAUGGCCGCCGUGACGUCACGUGCAAACCAGCAAUAAGAGA